AUGUCUCAAAGAGAUGUAGCUAAAAGAAUAGUAUGGAUGGACUUAGAAAUGACAGGCUUAGAUAUAGAUAAAGAUCAUAUACUUGAGAUAGCAUGUCUGGUGACAAAUGCUGAUCUUGAUAUUGUUGCCACUGGGCCAAAUCUCAUCAUACACCAACCGGAAGAAAUACUGAAUAGCAUGGGACAGUGGUGUACUGCUCAACAUGGUGAGAGUGGACUGACGGAGGCUAGUCGAAAUUCGUCCCUGUCAAUACAAGAAGCUGAAAGACAAGUUUUAGAAUUUGUUAGUCGCCAUGUUCCUGAAAAUAGAAGUCCCUUAGCAGGCAACAGUGUUUACAUGGAUAGAUUAUUCAUACGUAAAUUCAUGCCAAAACUGGAUUCCUAUUUACAUUAUAGAAUUAUUGAUGUUAGCACAAUUAAAGAGCUGGGAAAGCGGUGGUAUCCAAAGGAGUUCUCUAAAAUACCUCAGAAAAAAUUUAAACAUAGAUGUAUGCAUGAUAUCACGGAGAGUAUAGCAGAAUUAAAAUAUUAUAGGGAAAAUAUUUUUAAAAACUAG